AUGUACCGCUUUCUCAACAUGCUUUCUUGCUCAUAUCUGUAUCUGAUUAUCCCUCAUGACAUCCACACACAAACACUAUCGAUCAUGAAAUGUCUUCAAGUUACGACAACUACCUCGUCAUCCGAUGAUCCCAAGCAAAACCUAAACCAAGUCGUCAAUUCAAUUCAGAAAACCCUAGGAACCAUCCACCGGCUCUACCUUACUGUCUCUUCCUUCAACGUUUCCUCCCAACUCCCGCUUAUCCAACGCCUAAAAAAGUCAAAUAAGGUACCCAUAAUUGCUGGAGCAGUUGGGGGUGUAGGCCUCUUCUUUCUUGUUAUUGCUUUGGGAUUAUAUUAUCUUAUAUGGAAGAAGUCUAAGAGGACUAAAGAGGGUAUUCAAUACAUUCAGCAGUCGUAUAAAGUCAGUGAAGCAUUUCCAUUUAAGUGGAUAAAUAAAAAAUGGAGAAAGGGGUUUCAUGUCACUGCUAUGGCAACUGCAGGAAGUAAAUGGGCAAUUGUUAUGUCCUGUGGUGCUGGAUUUUCUGAUCAGGUAUUCAUAGAAGAUGGGAUGGUGGAUAUAGGAUAA